CUUCGUACUUCCCUUCCUCCUUCCUCCUACAGUUCGCUCCUGUGGCCGCCGCUUCUAGUUCUCAUUGAUUUGACACGACGGCGCCUAGAAUGCGAAGAAGACUACGCGGCGGCAGUUCGCCGCCGUCGGCAUUCGUGGUGAACAGGAAACUCCUUUCCCGGCGACUAGGGUCGUACAAGCACGAUUGCUCGACCGUGGAAGACCUCGUCAAGCGUCUCUGCGGGGACUUCCCCGAGUACCGGCGAAUCAAGCGACAUCCCUUCGCGAACGCCGUUCGGGAAACCCUGGAGUUACUGAAUGAGAAGGAGCGAAAUGAGCGCCAGCAGUUGCGGUCGCCGAGCUCCCAUGAGGGCAGCGACGAUGACGAUGACGAGCACGAGCUCGGAAGAGUCGAUUCCUCGAGAAGGAAGUCGAGGAGGACGGACGUGAUGGAGGACAGGCUGCAGCGGUUCGAAAACGAUUACAUUAGGAGGAAACGACCGCGGAGCAGCCAGGAGGAUUCGUCGACUGAGCCGGACGAUGACGAUGAUGAAGGCGAAGAAGACGGUGCUGUAUCGACAUCGGAGGAUGCGAUUUACGAGCAGAAGAUGGAGCCGGAGUUCGACUUGAUGAAAUCCAUGCUCCGGGGGAGCUACGUCGGCGAGGCGAAGCGUAACAAAGCUAAGCAAGACGAGAAAGAUCGACAAGAGAAGAAUAUUGAGGUAGAGGUUGCGACUAAGAAGCCUAGGAGAGUCAUUGAUAUGACGAAUGCGGGUGAUGAGAAGGCGGUAGCGGGAGUGAAGGGCGUAGGUUCAGCUUGGAAUGAGGGGGUGACGGUGAAGGGGAAGGAAGGCCCGAGGUUUAGGGAUUUGGGAGGGAUGAAGGAAGUCUUGGAAGAGCUGAAGAUGGAGGUGAUUGUGCCGUUGUAUCACCCGCAGUUGCCGAGGAUGCUCGGGGUUAGUCCGAUGGCGGGGAUUUUGUUGCACGGACCGCCUGGUUGCGGCAAGACCAAGUUAGCCCACGCCAUCGCCAAUGAGACUGGCGUUCCCUUUUACAAGAUUUCCGCGUCUGAAAUAGUUUCCGGAGUCUCUGGUGCAUCAGAAGAAAACAUCCGGGACCUCUUUUUGAAGGCACACAAGACAGCACCAUCGAUUGUAUUCAUUGAUGAGAUUGAUGCGAUCGCCUCAAAGCGAGAAAAUCUUCAGAGAGAAAUGGAGAGACGGAUUGUGACACAAUUGAUGACUUGUAUGGAUGAAUCGCACAGGCCAGGAAAAUCAACUGAUAAGAAUGCAGACACAGAGAGCUCUGAUAUGAAGCCUGGCUAUGUUCUUGUAAUUGGCGCAACCAAUAGGCCUGAUGCUGUUGACCCUGCAUUAAGGAGGCCUGGACGCUUUGAUCGUGAGAUUGGUUUAGGCGUUCCAGACGAAAAUGCCAGGGUUGAGAUCCUUUCAGUGAUCACACGUACCCUUAAACUUGAGGGAUCUUUUAAUUUUCUUAAAAUAGCAAGAUCUACUCCUGGCUUUGUUGGUGCAGACUUGGCAGCGCUUGCUAACAAGGCUGGCAACCUUUCCAUGAAGAGAAUUUUGGAUGAAAGAAAACUUGAAUUAUCUAAAAAUUCUAUAGAGGUAGAUAGUAUUGAUGAAUGGUGGCGGCAACCUUGGUUACCUGAGGAAAUGGAGAAGCUCGCUAUUAGUAUGGCUGAUUUUGAGGAGGCAUUGAAAAUGAUCCAACCUUCUUCUAGAAGGGAGGGAUUUUCUGCAAUCCCUAAUGUUAAAUGGGAAGAUGUCGGAGGUCUUGACUCCUUGAGGCAGGCAUUUGACCGGUAUAUUGUUAGACGUAUAAAAUAUCCUGAGGAGUAUGAGGAGUUUGGAGUGGAUCUAGAGACGGGGUUUCUGCUUUUUGGGCCUCCUGGUUGUGGUAAAACUCUGAUUGCCAAGGCAGUUGCCAAUGAGGCAGGAGCUAACUUUAUUCACAUCAAGGGCCCUGAGCUAUUGAACAAGUAUGUUGGAGAAAGUGAGCUGGCAAUUCGAACAUUGUUUAGCCGUGCUAGGACUUGUGCGCCAUGCAUACUUUUCUUUGAUGAGGUGGAUGCUUUAACAAAGCAGCGUGGCACAGAAGGUGGAUGGGUCGUUGAGCGACUGUUGAAUCAGUUGCUUAUAGAGCUAGAUGGUGCAGAUCAUCGACGUGGCGUUUUUGUGAUUGGGGCCACAAAUAGAAUUGAGGUUAUAGACAGUGCUCUCUUGCGUCCUGGAAGGUUUGGAAAACUUCAUUAUGUUCGCUUGCCAACUGCUGAUGAGCGUGGUUUGAUUUUGAAAGCCCUAGGGAGGAAGAAGCCUGUUGAUGCCGGUGUGGAUUUAGAUGCCAUCGGGCAGAUGGAGGCCUGUCAGAAUCUAAGUGGCGCUGAUCUUGCUGCAUUGGUCAAUGAAGCUGCAAUGCUUGCUCUCGAAGAGAAGUUGACUUCGUCGGGUCAGCAUUUGGAUUCUCCAUGCACCAUAAAGGCAGCUCAUUUUGAGCAAGCCCUAACUAAAAUUUCUCCCUCUGUAUCAAAGAUGGACAUAAAAGUUUAUGAGAAAUUGGCCAAGGAAUUAAAUGCGGCAUGAGAUAAAGCAGUAUUUGGAGCUUGUCGGCAGGCAACUACAGUUUUGAUCAAUAUUGAGUGUAAGGAAUUCAAUUUUUGUGUAGAUUAUAUUGCAGUUGUUGGGAAUUGAUAAGCUGUGCGAUAACUUGGUUUGUCAUAUAUUAUUACUCAGACAGUGGAGAAAGUUAUCAUAAUGUUGUCGAUAUGAAAUAUUUUUACUUUGGUGUUGCA